AUGGAUCUAUGCGAAACGAUCAAGUCUAUUUUAAUUAAAAAGGCCCAAGAAGAUUCUACUGACCGUACUUCAUGGCCCGCUUUGUGUAUCGGACUGCUUCAGGAGGAGGCAACAAAUUUGGAAGAUACCUCAUUACACCUUAAUCAAUCUAUACAGUCUCUGAUUGUUUCACCGACUUCGCAAAAAUCUCGCUUUGACAAGGGUGUCCUUGAACGACCUUUUUACUUAGCUUUAGUGGAAAUGCUCUCACUUUGUUUUGAAAACAGUGGCGAAUUUCCUCGAAGUUUAAAAACAAGUAAGGUUUUUAUGCUUGAAAACACUAAUUUACCAAGAGCACCCAUAAUGUUUUUAGUCACAUUCAAACCCAUAAAGUCUAGAUUGAAUGAAAUUGAACAAGAAAUGAAACAUCUAAUUGGCUCUUGGAAUGGAAUUCCUCUUGUUUUUGAAGAAUUUCAUCGUAACUCCCUUAAUGAUUUUCUCUUUAAGUUUUUAACUCCAAGAGACUUAAACACAUUCCUUGGCCUUCGUACGACACUCGGAUCUGCUAUUCAACUUCCACCAUCACUACCAGAAUGUCUUGCAGCCUUUACACAACGCUACGUAAAAAAAAAUACAAAGCUAGUUCGCGCAUCAAUCUCAAAUAUACUUACGGUUGGUGCCAAGGCGUUUUCUAAACAUUGCCAUAGAGACACUAGUGGAUCUUUUUGGGGUGUUUGUAGUGGAACUGAAGAACGAAAAAACGAGCAAGCUAAUAAAGUGCUGGCUAAAAUAUUGACAAAUGCUGCGUGGAUUAAUUUGCAUUCACUCCCGCACAACACACGUGUUUUUGAAGUUCGUAAUCUCGAUGGAUAUGGAGCACGUUGGGAAAUUCGUGAACCCCAAUGCCAACAAUUGCAAUCACAAUUACAAACGGAUUCAAGUAGCACCACAAACUCUUUUAAUAGUAGUGAUGGCACAAAUAUCAUGUUUCGUGGGUUUUUGGAACCUCAAAUGAAGGAUGGACAUGACAAAGGAUGGAUUCAUUAA